CAGCUUCACAACAGGAUAUUUAUGGAAGAAAUGCCACAGAUCGUUCCCAGCGUUGUGCAUGUUCUUCUCUUUUUCCAAGCUGAACAAGUCAUAGAGAUCAACUCAUCACAGAGAGACAAUUGUGAAAGGGUAUGGAUAACAACUCUGCUGAAGUAAGAUGAAAGCAGAUUUGGAUAAGAAUCAGCCUUAAGAAUGCCUACCCACAACAAGCUGAAGAUUUUCUUUAUGCUACUGACAGUGGUUAUCUACACAAUAAUGAUAGUGAUGAAUGCAGGAGCUGGUUCAGGAGCAUUCAGAGGUGUGUUUCAUACCACGGUUGGAAAUAUCUCACGCCACCACGACACAGACUUCACACCAGCAUCCUGGGCCUUCUUCAUUUGGAACCUCAUCUUUCUAUGGCAAUAUGCCUGGCUGGUCUAUGCCUUGUCAGGUCUCUGCAGAAGGAAUGAACUUGGCUGGGUCUACAUGUUGCCAGAUGUGCUGCCACUCCCAUUUUACUGGAUAUGGAUGCUGAACAAUGCUUUAAACAUUGGAUGGCUAUUUCUGUGGGAUUCCUUACUCUUCAGUCCAGCGCUACUUGUCCUGGGACUUCUCACUCUCACGAACUAUGCAGCUCUCUUCAUUUCACACCGGGCUUUGUUUCCUCACACAGCCUGGUUCCAAAAACACAGCAAAGCAGACCUCUGGCUUAUCCGGAUUCUGGUGCAAAAUGGAAUUGCUCUGUAUGCCACUUGGACCACAAUAGCUACGCUCCUGAAUUUCACAGUUGUCUUGAUCUACAACGGACAUGUUUCCAAUGAGACUGCCACCAUAGUCUCACUUUGCAUCCUUUUAUGUGAGGUGGCUGUAUGGUUUUAUCUGGAGAACUUCUUAUUCGAUAAAUACGUGCGCUAUAACCUUAUUGUCUACCCAGUGGUCGUUUUAGCAUUAUGUGCCACCUUGCAGAAGAAUAGUAUUGAUUUCUCUCCAAAGGCAAGCAACAUAAUCACGGUUGUGCUGCUGGUAGUGACCUGUGUCAUAUUUAGCAUUCGAGUGGGCCUAGUCACUUGGAGACACAGAAAGGAGAAUUUGGACAAACUACUUCCUCAAACUGCAACACUGUGAAGUUACCUGCUUCCUGAAUGGAGCCAUUAAAGAGAAAGUAUGCCUUGAAGUCUUCUUCAAUUGUGGAUCAAGUUUGUAAUUGUGCCUUGUAAUCUUGUCUCAACCAACAGUUAACCAGAAUAUUUGUCCCAUGCAUUCAUAUUCAGCUAGCCUCUGAAUAUUGCCUCUUCAUCACCCACAUAGGGAUUUUAUGUAUUCCAGAACAGAGAUGGGAGUAGGGGAAAAAUAUCUGCAGACCGAUGGAUCAUAUGUACUUCAUGCUUUGGCUGUUCCCACAGCACCAGAAUUACUACUGCAAUAUGCAUUGGCUGGAUCCAAUUUCAGAAUAUGGAUUAACUGCAGUGAACUGGAUUAUUUCAGUCUACAUUGCCCUAUAAUCCAGCUCAAUACAAUUAAUCUGCAUUCUGAAACUGGAUUAUAGGGCAGUGUAGAUCCAGCCUGAAUGCCGUGUUUUAAUGCAAAAUCACACCCAAGAACUUCCUAGAAGUGUGGUUUUGCAUGAAAGAAAGCACAAACUCUCUAUUGUUCUGGCUUUAGGAAACAGAAGCAGCUGGGUGUAGUUCCUGAGGCUUCCAGAGAAGGAGAAGGCGGCUGCAAAUGUGGUUAUUGCACACCUGCUUUACAGAUAGAGCCUAUAUCAGGAUAAAGUUAAACUACAUAUCAAAUUAAUAUGGGAACUUUAAGGUUCUCUGCUUUUAUGCAAUAGCUUAAUUUGAGUUUUACAGUUACCUUAGUGUCUCCUUAUAAUACACUGACACAAAGGAGCCCCUGGUGGCGCAGUGGGUUAAACCCUUGUGCCGGUAGGAUUGGUGACUUGAAAGUUGGGUUGCUGACCUGAAGGUUGCUGGUUUGAAUCCAACCCGGGAAGAGUGUGGAUGAGCUCCCUCUAUCAGCUCCAGCUCCAUGUGGGGACAUGAGAGAAGCCCCCCACAAGGAUGGUAAAAAACAUCAAAAGCAUCCAGGCAUCCCCUGGGCAACGUCCUUGCAGACAGCCAAUUCUCUCACACCAGAAGUGACUUGCAGUUUCUCAAGUCGCUCCUGACAUGAGAAAAAAAGCAGACACAAAAACUGUCAAGUUAUACCUUUUAAAAACCUAUGCUUAAUUAGCAAGUGUGCAGCUCCGUACCCUGAGAGCUCUACUUCUUAUAAUUAAAUAUCUUGAGCUGUGCUCCCAUUCGCAGCAGAAGAAAAGUGGUCUGUUGAUUUGACUGGAAUGAAGCCAAAACCCAAAGCUCUUUCGGAUGCUACAUUUGCUGAAAUGCAAAGCUGAGAUACAUAAGUGGCUCAGAGGCUCCUGGGAAUGAUGCCAGACUCGUGUCUCACACACAAAGCCAUUAUGAAGCCUUCUUUUCCCCACCCCCAUUGCCAUUUUCUGGCUUAUUCUUUAAACAAACAUGGUUUCCAGGAAGCAACCUAAGAAAAGAUGAUUUUAGAAGCAGCUCUUCCUCCACACAGGUCCAGCAUUUCUAAUCUUGAUAAUUUUGUAGUAGACGCACUUGCUUCCAUACUAACCUUUUCCCCUGACAUUUCCCUCUGUAUUUCCUUGCAUAUUCAUUUUCUUUUUGUAUUACCCCUUUUUAAAAAAUUAGAAUGCAGCAUUUUAGGGUUAUCAAUCUGGAAUGCAGUCUUUCUCUUUUUCUACUGUCAUCUUCCUUAGUGCCUUUUCUAUGUGGCAAUCUGAGAGUCCAUCCAGACAGGCCCAAAACGUGGGACUGGUCUGGGUUUUUACUGGGAGCGUCCAAACAACGCCUUAGUAAAAACAAAUUAAUUUGGAAUAACUUUUGUUAUUCUGAAUUAAUUAAAUAUCCCAUUAGAUCUGGUCCUUCCUGAAAGGCCCAGAUCUAAUAGGGUAUUGGGACUGUGGAGACACAUUAUCGGGUAGUCCAGUCCCCAUUUGCCAUCCCGAACCUUUUGGGGUCCUGGAGCCCAAGGGUUUGGGAUGGUGCCCAGCCCUUCCCCCAGCCUGCAAAACAGUCCUUAAAAGUAAAAAAAAAAAAAAAAAGUACAUGGCCAUCAUUAAGGUCCUCCUUGCACCCUCCUGGCAUGUGAAAAUGAUGUGCCAGAAGACAGGGUGGGAGAGGGAUUUUCCUCCUCGCCACCCCUUUCUCCUGGAACAUCAUUUCCUCAUGCCAGGAGGACGCAAGGAGGACUUUAAUGGAGGCCAGGUAAAGUUUUUUAAAAAAUUUAAGGGCUGUUUUGGGGGGCUUCUAGGUGGUUGUAUGCCAUCCCGAUUGUUAUCAAGAUGGCAUGUAGCCACCCUCCGCAGGAAAGCCCAGGUUUCUUGUGGUGACUAAAACCCAUACCGAAGCGGAUUUUUUAAACCCACUUCAGCAUGGGUUUUACCCCUGUGCGGAAGCUCCCUGAGUUAAGUCAUCUUGGUCUCUGGGAAGAAUUCAGGCUUGAAUUUGUUUUAUUGUUUUGCUUUUGCUUUUAUAUUGUUGUGUCUGGGCAAGGCCCCAUGUAAGCCGCCCUGAGUCCCUUUGGGGAGAUGGGGCAGGGUAUAAGAAUAAAGUUGUUGUUGUUAUUAUUA